AUGGCGGUACCCCAUCCGCAACCCAUCCACCUCGGCGCCCACACGCACCCCCACCAACACCCACACCAGCCAUACCUUAUGCAAAACGGCCCUCCCUCCGCCGCACCCACCCCCAUCCAGCCUCCCCCACAGCAACAUCAGCAACCCGGCUCCACCCCCUCCUCGGCCUCUUCGUCUGGAAUAGGGAUACCCGUCCCUGUUCAGAUGGGCGGAUACUCACAUCCCUACGCUCCCCCGCCAGUCCCCAACGGCGUACGCCCACCCGCCCAGAUGACGCCCCAGCAGGCGCAGCAGCUCGCUCAGCAGCAGGCGCAACAGCAGCAGGCGCAGCAACAGCAGCAGCAACAGCAGGGGGUACCGAUGUCGUCUGCGCAGGCUCUGCAGAUCCAGCAACAGCAUCAGCAGCGGAUGCAGAUGGCCCAGCAACAGCAGCAGCAGCAGGGGCAGCCGCCUCAGCAGCAGAUGUCGCAGCAACAGCAGCAGCAGAUGCAAGCUCAAGCCCAGGCCCAGGCACAGGCGCAAGCUCAGGCGCAAGCCCAAGCCCAAGCUCAGGCCCAAGCACAGGCUCAGCAACAAGCGCAACGAGGAACACCUGGACCUCCCGGAUCAUCCCAACAAAACGGCCAAAUCCCACCAUCACCGCACCACUCUCAACCCCAUCCCUCCCCUUCUCCGCACAUGGCGCACCAGGGCUUCCCAUCGGGGAACGGCGCGAUCCACCCUCACUCGUAUCCACAUCCACCACAGCCUCAGCCGCCUCAGCCAGGCGGGGCGCCUGCGCCCGGCGGAGGACCGGGACCGUCCCCGGCACAAAUACGGCAAGGGCAGGUACAGGCUAUCGGGCACGGGCGGCCGGGUCAGCCACAGCAGCAGGCCGCGGCGGGACCUGGACCGGCGGGACAGGCAUAUCAGGCCAUGCAGCAGCAGCAACAGCAGCAGCAGGCGGCCCAGGCACAGGCCCAGGCACAGGCGCAAGCCCAAGCACAGUCUCAGGGGCAGGGGCAAGGGGGUCAACAGAUGCAGCAUACGCCGUCGCAGCAGGGUCAAGCGCCUACUCCUGGUGGACCACAGCAACAACAGCAGCAGCAAACACCACAGCAGCAGCAACAGCCCCAGCCGGGCCCGAAUGGAAUACAGCAACAGGGCGGACCGGGAUCGCAGCAGGAACAAGCGUAUCUGAUGGCUAGAGACGGUAGUGCGGGGAGCGUACAGCAGAUGCGGCAGUGGGACAAUGAUACAUUGUUGAAAUUGUACAUCUACGACUAUCUUGUCAAAAAUGGGUUUGCGAGCGCCGCUGCUCAACUCAACGCCGAGGCUAGGCUAGAAAAUCAGCCUGUUCCGAUAAACAUGCAGGAUGGGCUGUUGCGAGAGUGGUGGUGUGUCUCAUGGGAUGCUUUUACUGCUGGCAAGGGGGCUCAGGUGGCGAUGAACAUCCAGGGAUAUACCGAUGUCAUGAACCGCCUGAAAGGUAUACGCGCGCAAUCCCUCGGUCCUGGAGCGAUGUUCCCGCCUGGCCAGCCGAACGGCCAUCCCGGCAUGCAAGCGCGUCCACCGAUGACGCAGCAGCAACAGCAGGCUAUGCUCAUGGCGCAACAGCAACAGCGGGGACAUCCGGGCCAGCCGGGCCAACCACAGCCAACCCCGGGACAACAGCAGAUGAUGCAGCAGCAGCUCCAGCAGCAGCAGGUACAUCAGCAACAAGCAGCGGCGCAGCAUGUCCUCAUGCAGCAACAACAGCAACAUCAUCAGCAAGCCGCCGCGGCUGCUGCAGCAGCGCAAGGCCAACAGCCUGGACCGCAACAACGAUUCCCUACGCCCGGUCCGGGCCAGCCUGGGCCUGGACAGUCGCCCGUCGUCGGCCGCCCACCGCCCCCUGGGCAGAUGUACGUCCAUCCUGGCCACCCGCACGCUCUGCACCCCCAGAUGCACCCCGGCCACCCCCAACACCCGCAGCAUCUCAACGCACAGGCCGGGCCGUCUCAUAUUCACUCCCCGAUCCCCCCUUCCCCGCAUAUGAUGCAACAUACACCGGCCAUCGCGCUCCCCUCACCACAUACGAAGAACAUGCGUCCUCCGCCCCCCGGAAUGAUGCGGUCUCUGACGCCUCAACAAGCAAUACCUGCGCAGCCCGGUCAGCCACAGCCCGGCCAGCUCCAGCUUCAGCCGGGCCAGCCACUCCCGCCUGGAUACACGCACGGACCGCCUAUGACGCCCCAGCAGCACGCGGCGGCGCAACAGGCGCAGCAGCAGCAGAUGAUGGCGCAUGCGCAGGCUAUGCAGCAACAGCAACAACAGCAACAGCAGCAGCAGACGCCGCAAGCGCAAGCCCAGGCCCAGGCUUUACAUCAUCAGCAGUUGCAGGUGAUGCAGGCGCAACAACUGCAGGCGAGCGCGGAUCAGAUGUAUGGCGCGCUGGGGAUCGGACCGGUCAAUAUGGGAGUGAUGCAGCAUGUCGCGGGGAGCUUGGGAUUGGGAGGGCGGGAUGUGCAUAGUCUAUCAGAGGAGGAUCGGGAUCGGUUGACGCAGCGGUAUAGAGCGACCAUGAUUGAUCAUCAACGCCGAACGAUGAUGACACCGAACGGGACCGUCAUGCCUGGUCAGCCUGUCCCCGGUCAGCCCCACCCGCACCCCCACCAAAUCCAGCAUCCGGGCCAUAUGGGCCAAAUGCCCCAUCCUCAGCAUCCCCAGCACUUUCACCCGCAUGGACAACCCCACCCGCACCCGCUUCAGCAACAGCAGCACCAGAUGCAGUUGCAGCAUCAACAGCAGAUGCAGGCUCAGCAGGCCGCACAGGCUCAGCAGCAGGCUCAGCAGCAGGCCCAAGCGCAGAUGCAGCAGCAGCAGCAACAGCAGCAGCAAAUGCAGGCGCAGGGCCAGGGGCAUCCCCAGCAGCAGCAACAGCAGCCGGGGCAGCAGCAGCAGACGCCCCAGCAGCAUGCGAUGGCGAUGCAGCAGAUGCAGGCACAGCAGCAGAUGCAUGCCCAGCAGAUGCAGAUGCAGCCGCCUACGCCUGGCGGGAGGAGUGUCAGUAUAAGGCCAAAUGGAUACGAGGCGAAUGGGGAUGAGGGGCGGACUUCGCCUCCUGGGCGCAAGAGGAUGCGCCGGAACUCUGGAUCCGCGGCGCCUAGCCCGUACCCCCAUUCUCAGACACCGAUGGGGUACUCUACGCCCGGGCACGCAUCUCAGGCUGGGACGCCGCAUCCUGGUCAGAUGAUGGAUCCGCAGGUUGCCAAAGCCCAAGCAGAGGCCAAAGCGGCAUACGAAGCCAAGCUGAAGGAGCAACAACUCCGGCAAAUGCAGUCGAUGCAGCAACAGCAACAACAGGCUGCCCAGCAAGGCGGCCAGCCCUUCAAUCCCCAGACACCCCAAAUGACCGCCGUGAUUGACGCGGCAUCGCCCGCGCAGCUCCUCGGUGCCUCCCCGCGCAAUGCGAAUGGGCUCCAGAUGACCCGGAUACAAAGCAAGGGGGGCGCGAUGUUACCGCCCCAAAGCCCGGUCACGGGUCUUGGGGUGGCGAGGAGUACGACGCCAAAGCCCAAGUCGGGGUUGACGCCCAAGAGCGGAAGGGAGGAUGGACUGAGAGAAGUCCCAACUCCAAAAUCCCUCAAUCCGUCGCCCAGUACUCUUGCCCUCACCAUCACCGCCGAAUCUCACUCUCAAUCCCACUCGAACGUCCCCACCCCCUCCCCGUCCGAUUCUAAAUCCACUAACACGCCCCAAUUGGACGUUACCCUCCUACCCCUCGGAUCCCCUCCCUCGCCCAACGACUCACACCGGAACCACCAGCACCAGCUCAUGGUGAACGGCAAUGGCAAUGGACAUCAGAACGGGGACACCGAUAUGGUGAACGGAAACGGCCACGGCGCCAAUGGGAAUGGGAACGGCAACGGGAAUGGCGAUGGCGAUGGCGAGAUCCCCGGUCUCAACUUCACCGACCUCAAUGGCGACUCGGAGCUCAACUUUGGUUCGACUUCGGACCUCAACUUUGACUUUGCCAGUGCGUUCCCGGACGCGAUUGGGAACGAUCCGUUUGACUUCACGCAGUACUUGGCGGAGAUGGACGGAGGUGACGAAGGCGAGGGGAUGGUGGGUCUUUGA